GGUCCAGUCACGCAUCAGUAAACACGAAUCCAACUUUACAUUUGAACUUAGUGGGCUUGCCCUAAUGAAAUCGUUCUUGUCAAAUCAUUUGCUCACUGGAAUGUUGAAAACGAAAGAUGACCAUGAUAGAGAAGACUGUAAAGUUGGUUUCUCCGUACUAAGUGGUCUCCUUUAUUAGGCUUUAAAGCGUUGGAAUAUCUCUUAUCUUUAAAAAUAAUCGAAAGCGGAAGUAAAAUGUUUUGCCCCAGCGCUGGUGACGUAUGUGUGUGACAAGUAGCUUCCGGGUUUUGUGGACGUCUCGCCAUGGAGGAUUUUGUUCGCUGUCUUCUGAUUAUCCUUUCUUUAAUUUUGAAUGUCACAGGUGAUAUGGUCCAUCUAACAAUGGUCACACCCACACCUUAUGGGGCGGGGUCUUCAGCAAGCAUCAGCUGCUUCCGUAGCAGCCCUGAUGCUGGAGUUGCCUUGAGCUUUGGUAGACCAUUCCAAAUAGGUCUCCCAGGAUCUACAGUACAAACCUCAACCACCCUCCCAGAUGGCAGUACACAAUCAGUGAAUGGACAAACAGUCACACAGGAUCUGACCUCCAGUAAUGAUGCCACCGGAUUGUUUUAUUGUGAAGGUUCAAACAGAGGCCUAACAACCAGAGUGUACAGCAUCGUCCACAGUAUUCGCAGGAAAUUUGAACCAACUGAUGGGCAGGUGACAAGAACAAUAAUGACAGGAGAUGAUGUGACUCUGUCAGUCGUCAAAGUCAACUCUGAUAGCUCUCCUUUUUGGCGGCGUACAAGAAACGGAAUUAUUGGUUUGAAUCUAACUAAUCAAUAUCAGCUUGAUUUCGUCAUGUCUUCUGCUGACGCAGUCCAUGGGGACUUGUAUACUGUCAUUGGCAUUGGUGUUACUCUCAUGGACAAUCAUUUCAGCAUGAUUAGACUCAUCGUCAGAGGUUGUGUUCCAAGCAAGUGGGGUCCUCCUAAUUGUGAAGAUGUGUGUGACAUGUGCUACAAUGGAGGAGUUUGUAAUGAUGAGACAGGAGAUUGCAUCUGUCCACCAGGAUUCAGUGGACCAAACUGCCUCACUGGUAAGCUCAUUGCCUGGUCACAGGUUGGUCUGUCUGUUUGUUUGUCUUGGUGUGACAUGUGCUACAAUGGAGGAGUGUGUGAUGAUGAGACAGGAGACUGCAUCUGUUCACCAGGAUUCAGUGGACCAAACUGCCUCACUGGUAAGCUCAUUGCCUGGUCACAGGUUGGUCUGUCUGUCUGUUUGUCUUGGUGUGACAUGUGCUUCAAUGGAGGAGUGUGUGAUGAUGAGACAGGAGAUUGCAUCUGUCCACCAGGAUUCAGUGGACCAAACUGCCUCACUGACCUACAUGCAACUGCUGCUAACAUCAGAGGACUACAUGUACUUGAUGAUUCGCCCAGAGCUGGAUGAUAAUUGAUUGGAUUCAAGCCAAGGUCGAAUGAAGCAUGGGUGAUGACCGUCAAGGGCUACUUGGACCUUAAACAGCACAUAGAGCUUUAGGUCUAAUGUUAACGUUUAAUUGUCCUAUAAUAAAUACAUGUUGAUUAGCGACCAAAUAAAUUUCGCGGUACUGAAAAUAACGGUUAGGACAGGAUACCUAAUAAAAUGUAAUCUUGCGACCCCCAAUACCGUCAAUGAUGAAUAGUGACAGGAGCCGUGGAAAUGAUUAAAAGUUACUUUUAAUUUUUCCGAAUUCAAAACUGAAAUGGUGUUUUCGCGUGGUAAGGUUUGUAAGAGUUUUCUUUACACUGAAAUUCAGAACGUAAACUUCUUCCUCAGUUAAUAAGUCGAUGUCCAUUUAAUGAAAUUCUAUAUGCUAGUGAAGGAAUUAAGUUGCAGACAGGGAACUAUUUGAAAAUUCUCUUCACAGCGACGCUUUUGUUAUAGCAUUAAAAAAAAAUCUACCUGUCUUCAUAAUAAGCAACAAACGAAAUCUGCUGAACGAAUAGCCCAAAAUGAUGUAAUCAGCUGAGGUCAACGUCACAUUGACGCGUGGUGUAACAGUAACCCUCAUUCUGUUGCUGUGCAAACUCAGAAUUACACUUGUUUCAGGAGAGUUUAAAUUCAGCUACUCAGUGAUUUUGUUUUAUUUAAUUUCUGAUGUUAUAUUUAUCUAUCUUUCACUUAAUUUCUCUUCUUUAUUUCACUAUGAUGAAGGAUUUAUCUUAUGUACUAGUGUACCUUUACACAUGAAUGUAUAUUUGUGUCCUUUAAUUUACUACACUUGCUUGUUCAAACUGAAGGCUAUAUGGUGCGUGUAUAUGGAUUAGGGUAAAAAACUUUUAUUUCAGAUUAAAACUUGGUAAAGUUUUAUCGGAUGUCACUUAAUUUUGUUUUUCUUUGACUGUAUUCAGUAAAGCCGAGUUUUUAUUAUUUGAAUUAAGUGUCACAUACACUGCGUUGUAUAUAUUUACUUGUUUCUUGCGAUAUGACAAUCACAAAAGUGUACAUUAAUUGCAAUCCGUUUUUUAGAUUCAGACGUACUAUAUUGACAUUAUCUAUUCGGUAUACUGACUUUGGAUUCGCUAAAAAUGGCAUUUGAACAUAACGUAUAUCUGAAAUAUGCCAUAAUCUUCUUGCUUUGAGGUAUAACCAUUGGUAUAUUUCCAUAUCAUCUUCCUUAGUGAUUUUUUCUUUAGGAUUAUGCACAUGUAUUGACGUAGCUUAUUGAUUAAGCAAAUGUAUGUGCUUGGUGAUGCACCGAUACGGAGCGAUUUACGGUUGAUUGCCUCAUUUUUCAAAAUGUCAUUCACUUUAUAGCAGUAACAAGUGAAUUUGAACAACAAUGAUACUGUCUUACAAUGCAGAUACGGAACUGACCUUUCAAAAGCUUUCCUAUCAAGGGCUUCAUUAAAAUGAAAUGGCUUCUGCUGAAAACGUAAGAAUUAUUUUCAUGUAUUUGGAAAAAAAAACAAGAUUAAACAGAUCAAAACAAAACUGCUAAACGAGAAGCAGCCUUUAUCUUAUAAAACUCUGAGACAGAGCUACUUUUAUUAUGUUAGAGAGCGCUACUAUUUCACCAGCCUUUCAUUUCAUAUUUCCGCUUUUUGUUGUCUUUUUUUGAUAAUGAAAGAUUUGUAUCAUAAUUCCCUGCUAUUGUUUGGUCAAUCUAUGCAGAUUUUUAACUUUGAUAUGUCAACAAUGCUUGUAUCCGUAAUAUUUUUUUAAUUACAAACCAACUAUUAACCGUUUAACGGACUGUUACAUACUUUCAAUCCUUUUCUGGACUUUUGCUAGGGUCAGGAAGUGGAAAACUAGUGAUAAGUGUUCCAAGCGAUAAAACAUAAAAACGUAAAAUUGUAUGACUUUUUGUGGUAUACUGAUGGGACAGUGACAAAGUUGCAUAUCGCCCAAAUUAUCAUUUAUUAACUGCAGGCUUGUAAAUUUGUUUAGAGAGAUAAGUGCAUGCUCAUUUUUUGCGUGCUGAAAGUUGCGUUCGAAUUAAAGACGCUUUGCUUGAAUUGUA